AUGAACGGAGGAGGUAGCGCGACGCCCUUCUCCCGCACCACCACCACCCUCAGCACCACUUCUUCUUCUACCUUGCAAGCAGGUGAGUCGGGACAAGGGGACAGGGAAGCUGCUAUUCAAGCCGAGAUGGCCAGGGUUAACAACCUGCCAGCCAAUAGUUCCUACGCGAUUCACCGCAUCAAGGUGCUGAACAAACUUCGCCAUCUUUUAUCUAUAAAGGUAAGAUUUACGUAA